UGACGAAGUACUUGAUGGCAUAGCCUCUUUUUACUGGUGGCACCUCUUAGAUGAUCCAGAAUAGUUUUAUGCUGGGUCUGACUGGUGAGACGAAAGUUGAAAUAUAUGAAACGGGGAUCAGGAUCGAGCUGGAGAGUGGAACCACUUCCUUCAGUCAUAAAGGCAAUUCAUCCCCACUGGCAGAACUCUAAACAUGGCCUCUUUGAAGUAUACCCCGAAGCAACAUAUCACAGAGAUUCACACCAGGUUGUCGAAGACCUUCCGUGAGGGUCGCAUUCUUCCGUUGGAAUACCGCCGCAAGCAACUUCUCCAGGUUGCCCGCCUUAUCCAGGAAAAUUCCGAUUCUAUCAUGGCCUCCCUGAAAGCUGAUCUUGGGAGGCACCCUUUUGAGGCAAUCCUCCCUGAACUAGGUCCAAUGGUUUCAAGUGCCCUUCAUGCUGUCGAGAAUCUUGAUAAGUGGAAUUCUCCUGAGAAACCGCAAGUAGAAGCUUGGCGCAGUGGGUGGGACACAACCAUCUUCAAGGCACCUAAGGGCGCAGUGCUCAUUAUCAGUCCCUGGAACUUUCCAUGGGUGCUUACGAUUUUGCCCCUCAUUGGCGCAAUUGCUGCGGGCUGCACGUGCUUGAUCAAACCUUCAGAGCAUGCCAAAGCUUCUGCAGCCCUCAUGGCGAAACUGAUUCUACAAUACCUUGAUCCAGAUGCCUAUGCCGUCUGUCUCGGAGCCAUCGAAGAGACCACCUACGUCCUUAGUCUGAAAUGGGACCACAUCUUUUACACGGGCAGUACGAGCGUCGGACGAAUCAUUGCAGAGGCGGCAGCAAAGCAGCUCACGCCAGUGACUCUCGAGCUCGGCGGACAAUCACCCGUCUUCGUCGAUGGGGACAGCACGAACAUUGAGAUUGCUGCGAGGAGGAUUCUAUGGGGGAAGCAACAGAAUGCAGGACAGGUUUGUAUCGCACCGAAUCAUGUUUUUGUGCAGGAACAACACGAAAGCGCACUCGUGGAGGCAUUCAAGAAAGCGUAUGACUCGUUCUGGCCAAAGGGUCCGCUUGACUCCUCUUCUGAGAUGGCUCCCGUGGUGAACACUCAGCACUACCAACGUGACAAGAGUCUCCUAUCCCGAACUAAAGGAAAGGUCGUGAUCGGAGGACAAGCUGGGCAGGAUCUCCGCAUUGAGCCAGCAAUUGUUACCGGCGUAAAGUUGGACGACCCAUUGAUGGAAGAAGAGAUAUUUGGUCCUAUAUUACCAAUCAUUCCAGUAGCAAAUGUUGACGCCGCCAUCUCACACAUACAAUCUGGUUCCACUCCCCUCGUCAUUUACGUCUUCACGGAAAAGGAGGAGACGAAAAACAAAUUCGUGCAGCGCACCCAGAGCGGGCAGCUAAUUCUCAAUGAAACCUUCGCUCAGGUUGCUGUCUAUGAAAUUCCUUUCGGUGGUCAAGGGCAAUCUGGCUAUGGAUCAUACCUUGGGAAGUACUCCUUCGACACCUUCACCCAUCAAAGGGGCUAUAUAAAUGUCCCUGCAGACGCGAGGACGGAGGGCUUGUUGCAGGGAAGAUACCCUCCUUACUCAGCGCCUGCACUUGAGUUCUUCUCCCAGGCGCUCAAAGCGAAAAUUCCCGACGCGUAAUCCCUCAUUCGUGGUUGGAAUCAAUCAUGUCGACGUGUUUAAGUUAUCAUCUUUAGGGUAACGCGAAGAGAGAAAUUACCAAACCAAGCGAGUAGUUCAAUUGGUCGUAGGCCUCAAUAAUCAUUUAGUCUGUUUAUAUGACACUUUCGAGCAUUUGAGUGUGGUAUUCGUUUGGUCACACUACUAAACACUACAGAUUUAUUCCGACAUGGUUCGUUAAGCACGGCACAGCAGUCGACUCGACUCUCGAGGCUCCAUUCUUCGCGAAGGUCACUCGUUAACUUGUUACAUUACCGAUCGCAGGCCAAGCAUUUUUCUUAUUUUUACAUGUUUCUUAGUCAUUGGUCUUGUAAUAUGACGUUGCAUAUAGAAUGAGAUCUGAUAUUCUCCCCAUC